AUGGAUGAGGACAUGAAGUGCCCCCACUGUGGGUCCACUAAAUACCGGAACCCAUCUCUUAAGCUGAUGGUGAAUGUGUGCGGACACGCCUUAUGCGAGACAUGUGUGGAGAGACUGUUCUCGAAAGGCAGCGGACAGUGUCCUCAGGAGUCGUGUGGUGCGGCUCUCAGGAGAACACACUUUCGGAUACAACUCUUCGACGACCAUUUGGUUGAGAAGGAGAUGUUUCACCGCAAAGAUGUCUUAAGACAUUACAACAAAAAACAGGAGGACUUUGAAUCACUUCAAGAAUAUAACGACUAUUUAGAGGAAAUCGAGGAAAUUGUCUUCAAUCUGACGAAUGGUAUAGACGUGACGGCGACCACCAAGAAGUUGGAGACCUAUAAGACUGAGAAUCAAAACCAGAUCAUCAAAAAUAGAGGAAAACUGAGUAAAGACGAGGAACUGAUUGAGGAACUGCUGGAACAAGAGAAACAAGAAUCCAUUCUUAGGAAUCAAUACUUUCUCAAUGAAGACAAAGAAAUGAUUAAAAACAAGACAAGACUUCGCGAGUCUCUGGUCGACGAACUCAUGUUCUCUGAUCUUCCGGCGCAACAAAUACUUGCCACUCAUGUGACAGAACAGAGACUUCAGAGCACUUCCGGUGAAGUGACUAAAGGCGCCGAUAUUAAGUCGAUUGCACCCAAAGUGCAGAUGUUUUCGACAGGCAUUACAAUCGGAAAGGGAUCCAAUGUGUUUGUGCCGAUUGCCAAACAAAGUGAGGGACAGUUGUAUAGAUAUAGUAGUCCUCAACUGGAUCUCAAUGGUCCGGAAUGUCCUAAACUGGCGUCACUUCAGUCUGAAGGUUACCUAAAGAACGUGAAGCCAUCGAGUGUUCAGGACUUGUCCGGGGGUUUCCUCUCCCACUAUCCCUGUCAUCGCGCACUUCAGGAGGCAUUUUGCGGCCUUUAUUUCCAGCCAUAA